UGAAGAGGUCGCAUGUUGCAAGCUUAUUUACGCAAGCGUCAGUAUUUUCAUAAACGUUUCGCGGGUAAUAUGGCGUUGUGGAACAAAGUGUUGUCAGGUUUUGAUAAAGAAGAAGAAACUGUUAAUUUUGGUACGCGAACGAUAGUAGAAAACAAUGGUUCAUUGUACGAAACUUCUACAAUUGCCACGAUACAAUCUAACGAAAAGGCAAUAAAUGAGCCAAAUGUUUUGGCAUCCAUGCAAUACACAAGGCUUUGUGUUGCAAUUGAUAAAUCAAUUACAAUAUUUACGAAUGAAACUUGUGAGGAAAUAUUAUUAAGUAUCAGUUUUAAUUCAUUAAUAGUAUGUUAUUGCAUCUCCGAUGACAGUUCAUUUUUGUUUGUUGUACUCUCAAGUGGAAUUCUAUAUUGUCUUCAUUUAUUAACUAAAGGACAAGUUAUUUUCUCAAAAAAUAUUACAAGUGACACAAAUACUAUAAAAACAAUAUUAUUACAAAAUGAGUGUGAAUUCAUCAAUAUAUAUCUUGUUGCAAAAAAUGGAGUCAUUUACAGAGCAUCAAAGUUUAAUGUUAAACUUAUUAAAGAUGCUAUUUUUAAUGAAACUAACAUUACAGUAAAAGAACUUGUAGACCAAGUGCAAUAUGUACAGUUAUUCAAAGGAUUUUCUCAUGAUGAGGUAAUAUGUGCUACUAUUGGUAUAAUAAAUGAAGAAAUAUCAGUAGCUAUGAUAUGUUCAAAUAUGUUAUUUAUGUGGCCCAGUGAACAAUGUAAUAAUUUUAAUUCAGUGUGUUAUAAUUAUAGCAUGGUAAAAUUUUUAAAAAAUCACAUGUCAAUGCUAUGCUUAUGUACAAAUAACAUAUUACAUAUGGUAUGCCCUCAAACUUUACUUGGUUUAAAAGUAUAUCAUAAGCCUGUAUCAGACUUUGUGAUAAUUGAAGAUAAUGACAAUAGCUCAUGUCAGAUUCUUAUUCUAACAACAAAUGAUAGUGAAUGUGCUACUACACGUACUUUAUGUGUCCUUUCAUUCCCAGAAUUUGAACAGAAAUUUCAAAUAAGUGUACCUAUUACAACAUAUCUUGUUGAAAUUAUGGAUCCAUGGGAUGAAGUAAUUUUAUUCUUAGAAGGUGUCAAUUACUUUGAGAAUAAUACUAAAUAUAUAGACACAAUUAGAAUGAAAACUAUAUCAGAAAGUCUUCCUGAAUAUCAAUUACAACGUUUAAUAAGGAGAGAACAGUUUGAUGGAGCUGAAGCUUUUGCAAACAAAUUUAAUUUAUCCUUGGAACCAAUUUAUUGUGCAAAAGCAGCAUUAUUUUUAUCACAACUUGGGCCUUGGGCAAGAAAAGUUACCAAUCCUAUUCAACUAGAUGCUCUACUUAAUAUAUUUGAUAAAAUAGAAAAUGUGCAAUACAUAGUAGAAUGUUGUAGCAAGGCACUUAUACCAGACUAUAAGCAAAUGAGAAAAAUUUAUUUAUACGCGCGCACAAGAAUAAUGGAAACUAUUUCCAAAAUGAGAAACAAUGAACACCAAAAUCUUCUGUUUUUAAUUAACAACACAUUGCACAAACUAGAAACAUUUCACAUGAUUUGGGGAUAUUGUAAAGAUUCUGAAUUUUAUAAUGAAGACACCAUGAAGGAAUGGAUAAGAUUUUCACGAGCAAAUUUUAUGGAAGAAUAUAAAACUCAUUUAAGUUUAGGUGAACUUGAUGCAGCCACUCUGAUUUGGACUAGACAUCUUCCAGAUAUUGUGAAAUAUAUUUCUGUAGAAAGUAUGCAAAACAUAUUUGCAAUUCUUCCUGAGAAAAUAUCUCCACCCACCCUUUGGCCAUGGUUAUCACAUUUUAUACCAACUUUACUAUCUUUUAUUCCUGGUGCAAUGGGAGAAAUUAUUCUUUGGGGGUGUAACAGAGUUAAAUCAUUUGAACAAUCGCAUCGCGCUACAUGGCCUCAAAAUGGAAUUGAUUUUGCCAAUAAAUUUGUAAAAUUAUUAAGAAUCGAAGAAAGUGACCAGUCCUUGCAUGCUCAUCGUGAAUGCCUGAGUAAAGGUUCAGAUCUAAAAAAAUUUGUCUUCUUAAUGCAAGCCUUGUCUGAUAUAAAAAAAUUAAGAGGAAAGUAUAGAUUAACAAUAUUUCUGGAUUCAUACAUUGGAGAACCAAUUGAAGUAUCAUAUAUGUUGUUGAAUAAAGUACAUGUAGAUAUAAUUCCACAAUUUGUAAAUACAUUUCUAAAGCAGUACAUGCUAAAUAAUUCUUUGCAAAACGAUUAUGUCUUUUCUACAUACAUACAGAAAACAAUAAACAAUUUUAAAAAUUGGUGGUCUGGUGAAGAAGCACCUUGGGAACAAAAGAUUGUUGUUAUUAUUGGCUUGAUUCAGAAUGUAGAGACUAAAUUGCAGCAGACAUUAGAUGUAUUAAAGAAAGCUUCAGUUCCAUGGAGUUCCACUAUGAUAAAUCUAGCAGAAAUGAGCAUUAAUUUAGACCAUGCUUUAGCGUCUCAAAUUAGAAUAGAAUACAAUUUUGUUCCAAUAAAACUUAUAUUAAAGAAAUACGGAUAUGAGCGUAUUGGUAUAAAUGAUAAAUUUGUAUGUCGUAUAAUAAAAGAAAAUCAUGAUGACAUGAUUUCUCAUAUUGAACAAAUAACUAAAAAUGAUCCCUUAUUAAGAAAACAGGCAUUUUCGUCUUGUACGAACUAUUAUCUAUCUAGAGGGAAUUUUGAGAAAGUGAUGGAAAUAUUGAAGUCUUUAGAAACAGAUAUUUUAUUAUAUUGCUGUGUACAAAUUGUUAAUUACGUAAGGGCCAGUUUAACUUUAAAGAUCAUACCUAAAUCCCUUGAACAUUUUAUUGAAAUGUUGGGUUGGGUGAAGUUGCAAUUACAAGAAAUGGCAAAAAAAAGUAAAAGUCAGUCACAUUACUGCAACAGUGUUACUACUAGUAUAGAUGAAGUAAAGUCAAUGUAUUUCUUAAAAAAAGAGUUUCAAAUUGAUAUCACAAUCAAAGAAUAUUACACUGGUAAAAAGCAAGUAUUACAGAAUUACAUCGAAAAAUUGUACAGUGUAGAUACUGAAAAAAAUGAUUGCUUGCCUAUAAAGUACAAAAAAGUCAUUAAAGUUGCAGAUUUACUUCAUUUACAAAGACUUGAAGCCAUAUCUUUAUUAUUAGAGUGGACAAAGGACGUAGAUAUGUUUAAAUAUUUUAGCAAAUCCAAAGGACCACAGUUCCAUUUAAUGCAAGAAGAAUGUCAGUAUAUACAUAAGAUGUGUUCAUUAAUGCUACAGUAUGCUGAAAUAGAUCCAGGCAUUGCAGUGAAUAUUCAGAAUUUAAUUUCUACUUCAUUAUGUGUUUGUUCUGAUGAUAAAUUACAGUCCAUGUUGCUAUUACUUGUUUGGUCGAAUUUGUAUCAAGAUUGUUUUAACAAAACUACUAAACACAGAUCAGAUGAACCGAGUACAAUACAAAAAGAAGUUUCAAAAACAAAUUGGAAAUUGUACACGAUAUACAAAGAUCUAGCUAUUGCUGCAGAUGAACUCUUGCUACCAUUAUUUAGAGACGUAAUUUCUCUGCAGAAAUUUCAUAUGGUUAAAUCAAAAUCUGAUAUAGAACAUAAAGUAACAGAUGAAACUGUUUUAAAUUCCAAACCUCUAAGUAUACAAGAGCCAUUAAAGGAAUUGCUUGAUAAAAUGAGGAAGUUAAAAGUGGAACAUAACGAUUAUUGUUUAUUGCAAAUUAUCAAGACAUUAUAUUGCAAUAUUUCUAUUAUGCCAGAUAUACCUCCUACUUUGUUAGAAGAAACACAAUCAUUAUAUUUCCAUUUUCUAAUAGUGCUAAUAAAAAAAAUAUUAAGCACACGAACAUUCGAUCUUCAUCUUGGUCUGUCGUGUUUAUUUAUGUUACCCGAGUCAGAAGCGUGCAAAUGGAUUUCUACUGCUUGUAAAUCAUUGCCGCCAGAUUGUACUCGACAUUUAAGGAUAUCAUUGCUUGGGUAUGAAUACUUUCGUUUGACAAAAAAUCAAUUAUUAAUUCAAACAUAUCAAGAUAAUAAAACCUUACACUUAUGGGCACAAAAGUUAUCAAAAUAUUCUAUUUCGUACAAAGAGAUUUUAACGAGCGAUACUACAACUAAAAGAGAAAUAUUGCAACAUAUGAUGAAUUUUACUAGUGAUCAUAUGGUAUCUUUAUUUGAAGAAUUUUGCUUGAAUUUUGGUUUUGAUGUUCAAGAUUGCUUAUUACUUUAUCUACAAACGAUAAUAAAGACGUGGAAUCCAAAAUUAAAUAUAUGUAAUGUUAAUGGAAGAAAAGAAUUACACAUUGACAAAGAUGAAGUAAAUGAACUGGAAAAGAAAUGUAACAUCGUAGCUGCCAAGAUUACAGACAAAGCUGCUCUAGUAAACUGCAUCAACAGUGUUAUCUCACAAAUCAAUUUCUAUUAUUAUGAAGUAUUCAUAAUCCUUAUGGAUCUUAUAGGACACAAAAAUAUUGAACAUAUAAACUUUUUUUGUUUUCUUCAAAAUUAUACUCGCAAUAGCCAACCUACGCAAAUAGAACGUGACGAAUGGAUGCAUCUUAAUCCAGAAUGUACGAAUCUACCACCUAUAGCAGAAUGGCGUUUGCCCUUCUUACCUAAAGUUGCAUUAUGGACUCUUAUAACUCCAGAAUUAAAUUUAAAGAGUUACGAAAAAUGGUUAGAGAUUGCUCCUGUUCUUAAAUUACAAUCACAUAUUAUAUCUACAUUGGCCAUUAAAGGCGAAGUAACCCACACGUGGGGAAAUAAAUAUAAAACAGACAAAUGGAGUCUUUGUUUGAGAAACAGUAGCUUAUUAAAUAAUAUAAAGAGAUGUAUAGAACGAAUGGAUGGUCCAAAUGCAUUAUACUAUGGCACAGCAGCAUUAUAUUAUGUUGUAAAUCAUACACCUCCAGGCGCUGACCAAGUAGCAGCACUUGAGGAAUGUUAUAAAUAUGCUCAACUAUCAGUUCAGAAAUCAACUACAUUUGAAGAGGGAAUGCUAGAGAAAAUAAAAUUUAAGUAUUUACGUUUUACAUCGGAACAUAUUUUACGUACACACGGCUUAGAAAAGAGGAACUAUCUAUCAUUGAUUGGAAAUCCAUAUAAGUUGGUCCGCGAAUUGUACACAGAUGAAAGUAUUCCGCAAAGAUACAGAUGUGUAAUUGAUCAUAGACCCGAUAUAAAUUCGGCAGUUAAUUCUCUUAGUCAGUUGUUUUCUAUCAACAUGAUGAAACUGUGGUUGGAAUUAUUACAAGAAUGGUUGCAGCCAGAAAAUAAAUACACGAAAUUUAAUCAAAGUAUAACGGAUACAUUCUCAGUCGUAAAUUCCGAACCAAAUUCGAAUUCUGAUGAUAAUUUAUUAAGAGCGCGUUACAUUCUAGAAUACAGAAAUCUCGAAUUAUCAGCUAACUUUCUUAUAAAUAUUGCUUUUAAUGAAAGUAACGAAAAUUAUAGCCCAGAAACACGUUACAGAGCUCUUCACGUGUUACAAUCGAUAUUUAAUACAGCUGAAUUAGAAGAUUUAACUAAACGUAAUAAUCAAACAAUCAAAAAGUAUAUGAAAUCUCUAAAGUACAUAGAUAGAUUGGAAUCAUUGGGAAUAGGUUACAGUAUAAAUGCGUUUGAAACAUGUUCCAAGCAUGAACUAGUACAGAUUUUAUGGAAAACGCAAAAUUACUCAACACAAGCACUUAUUCUUAUUGCACAAAUCUGCAUAGAUUUUGAAGUACAUGAUUAUGUAUUAUGGGAUAAAAAUUUAACUCAAUUAGCCAAAUUAUUAAUAAUUAACGAUUUAAAAAAGAUCUUACUACAAGUACGGAAUAUAUGCGCUAUUGUAAAUUGUAACGGAUAUAUAUCAGGCUGGCAAGUAGUAAUUUCUGAACCUUUUAGAAAAAUGGAUAUUCAUCCAACCUUUGAACAAAUUAACAAUUGUAUUGAAGCACUACACCUUUUGUAUUCUUGUCCUGUUGUACAUGCAUUGUCUUUUAAUGACAUUAUGAAGUACUGCUUUCAUUGCCAGCAACCACAUAUAGCUGCUGCUUUUUUACCUUUCUUGGAUGAUGAUGUUAAAGAAUAUGUUUUACAGGAAAUUAAAGAUACAGGUAAUGUUAACAAAGUAUUGGAAGAUUUAAGUAAUUUGUCAUUAAAUGGAAUACUUUGUAUAUCAUAUUGCAUUAAAGUUAUACAAAAUACAUUGUUAAAAACAAAUAUGUAAUGACAUAAUUGGUAACAUUAUUUCCAUACAUGCAGUCUUGUGUAUUUAUACUUUGUAUACAAUUGUUAAAUAAAUAUUUAUGAUACAUUUCAUAA